AUGUUUGCCCGGAUCGUGCUAAUUGGCGCGGUUCUGAUCGCCUCCCUCGCGUACUUCCUGUCGAGCGGUGAGGCCGCUCCACGCGCGCCCUAUAUCCAGGGCAGGAACAAAACGGUUCUGUUCCUUGCCAAUAAGGAGCACGGCCUCUCGAAUGUGCACCUGUCGACAACAUACGCUCUUCUAGAGGGCUUUCCGGACCUCGAGGUGCAUUAUGCCACUUUCCCUGGAGUUCGUAGCAAGGUGGACAAAAUAUCCAAGUUUGCCCGGGCUCAGACGCCGGCAGCUCGCGACGUGAUCUAUCAUGAUCUGAAGGGUGCCUCUCUGGCCGAGGCGUGCGAGAUGGAGAAGGAGCUCAGAUACCCAGGCAUGGACUUCCAGGAUACCAUGAUGGGUCCGCCUGGUGCAGCUGGAAUUGCCAACCUAGCCAAGGAUAUCCAGUGGUGGAUCUCACCGUGGAAUGCCGAGGACCACAUGACGGUGUAUGAGGAGAUAUCCGAUCUCAUUGACGAGGUUGACCCGGCUGUCGUCGUGCUUGACACGCUCUUCAGGCCGGCCAUUGACGCCACAAGAGACAAGAACCGUCUGCACGCGAUUGUCACCCCAAACCUCCUGACGGACAACUUUCUCGGGGACCAGCCUCACGGGAGUAUGUUUUGGAAAUACCCAGCAUUGGGAUCCGGCUUCAAGUUCCCCGUCCCGUGGCAUAAGAUACCCGAGAACAUUUAUUUGAACAUUCGAAUGAUCAACGCCCUCUUGCUGACACCCGGACUUUCCGCCAAGAAGGCCGUCCUGCGAGACAGGGGCAUCAAGGAGCCCAUCAAUCUCUUGGGUAUGCACCGAAACGACGUGCCGUGGAUUACGAUGAAUACCGAGGGCGCAUCCGUCCCCGUCGACUACGUCCCUCCCAACGUGACCAGCGUAGGCCCCAUGUUGAUGGAUUCUGCGCCUGCGGCUGAGCAGGACCCGGAGCUUGCACAAUGGCUCAAGAAGGCUCCGACCAUUAUUUUCAAUCCGGGCAGCCACUUCCUCGUCUCAGAACCGCGAGCCAAAGCCGUUGCGGCCGCCCUCGCCAAGGUCAUGGCUGAAAGCAACGUCCAGAUUGUAUGGAAGCUGAAGAGGCAGGGCGAAUAUUCCGAUGAGUUCCUGGAGCCUCUGCGGCCUUACCUCGCAGCAGACCGGAUAAAGGUGUCGGAGUGGCUGUCGGCAGAUAUCUAUUCCUUGCUUCAAACCGGCGAUGUCAUUGCAUCCGUUCACCAUGGAGGAUCCAACUGCUACCAUGAAGCGAUCGCUUCUGGUGUUGCCCAGGUUGUCCUGCCAAUGUGGAUUGACUUGUACAACUUCGCUGCUCUUGCCGAGAACAUCGGUGUUGGAGUUUGGGGCUGUAGGGAGACAAGUCCCGACUGGACGGCGGACUGUCUAAGCAGCUCUCUUCUCAGGGUCAUUGCUGAUAAUGAGGAGGGCGCGAAGAUGCGUGAGAAAGCGAAGCAACUUGGAGAGAAGGUUAGGUCAGGCGAGAAGGGCCGUGAUCUCUCUGCGCGUGAAAUUGCAAAGCUGGCAUAUGUGAAAUAG